UGAAGCGGCGAGCAGCGCGCAUGCGCGAGGCUAAUGGCCUGAUAGCUGUAUGUGUUUGUGCUGAGAGCAAAGCUGCAUAAAAGGCGUUGGAGCAGCGUGAAGAUUUAAAUAACUCGGGUUUAUGAGUUUGCUGCCAUUUCCUCCUCUUAUCAUGAGCGCUUGCCUGACCCUCAGUACGCCCUCAUUCUGCAGUUGAUGAUUCUCCAGCUGGCUUGGAGAUGACCGACAGUGUCAGGGUGUUCGUCCGCAAUGUUGCGACGGGGAUCAAGGAUUCUAUUCUGGGGAUUGGAACCAUCACCAAGCUAGAUGCUCGUAUCCAGCAGAAAAGAGAAGAGCAGAGGAGGCGAAGAGCGAGCGGUCCCCUGGCACAGAGACGGGCCCAGAGUGAAGACCGCAAACAUGAAAGUGAGCCCAAAUUAGCAAGUAGGAUUUUUCAGUGUUGUGCCUGGAAUGGAGGCGUGUUUUGGCUCAGUCUGUUUCUUUUCUACCGAGUGUUUAUACCACUGCUCCAGACUCUUACAGCCAGAAUUAUUGGUGACCCCUCCCUGCAUGGAAAUGUGUGGUCCUGGUUGGAAUUCAUCUUGACGUCAGUGUUUAGUGCCCUCUGGGUCCUCCCUUUGUUUGUGCUCAGCAAGAUUGUCAAUGCCAUUUGGUUCCAGGAUAUUGCUGAUCUGGCUUUUGAGGUGUCUGGACGCAAAGCUCAGCCCUUUCCAAGUGUAAGCAAGAUCAUAGCUGAUAUGCUCUUCAACCUCCUCCUUCAGGCCCUCUUCCUCAUUCAGGGAAUGAUCGUCAGUCUCUUCCCCAUUCACGCCAUUGGUCAGAUGGUCAGCCUCCUGCACAUGUCUUUGCUCUACUCGCUCUACUGCUUUGAAUACCGCUGGUUCAACCAUGGGAUUGAAAUGCACCAAAGGCUGUCGAACAUUGAGAGGAACUGGCCGUAUUACUUUGGCUUUGGUCUGCCCAUGGCGCUCUUGACUGCUAUGCCAUCUUCAUAUAUCAUAAGUGGCUGCCUCUUCUCCAUCCUGUUCCCCCUUUUCAUCAUUAGCGCCAAUGAGGCCAAGACCCCAGUGAAGCUUUACCACUUCCAGCUCCGGCUCUUCUCCCUGGUCGUCCUCAUCAGCAACAAGCUGUUCCACAAGACGGUCCAUCUACAGAGCUCUCUGACCUCGUCCAGCUCCAUGGAGAAACUCCCCUCGCCUCAUGUUUCCCCGACCCGCCAGAGGCCACUGCCAUCGCAGUGACCGCUUCGACGCUCCAUAUAGACACUGGGUGAGACCUCCGUGGAUGGGAAGUUUGGUUUGGUUUGCAUUCUCUGUAUUUUUAAAAAGCCCUUUUUAAUGUUAUUAUGGAGGCUUGAGAGUCAUCGGACUGUUUUGUUUGUUUUGUUUAAAAAGCGAAUGGCUGAUAUUUGAGAUCUGAGCUGUGCCUGUCUCGCGAGUGGAUGCCCACGAGGUUGCGAUUCUGAUUUUAUGUGUAAUUUUGUUUUGGUUUUUGUACCCAUUAUGUGCCAUUUGGGUGACUUUUAUAGAGUUUUUCAAAUAACAGCACAAAACAUUAAAUGUUUGUGUUUUUUUUCUUUUUUCUUUUAACCAAGUUGCCCUGUUUUGCCCUCGAUCACUUUGUUAGCCAUUUCUGCUCUUUAUUUUAACUGUUUAUGGCCUUCUGUUUUAUUGUAUUGGUAGCAGAUCAAACGGCACAAGCGAAGACCGUCGGUGUGCGUCCGCAAGCCGUUUAGCAGCUGAUACUAAUCUGUGGCUAUGAGGCGUCUUGAUGGCUUAUUAACAUGAGCAAUGUAACAAAGUCCCUUUAAUCUACGAAUGGGUUCGCUGUACGGAGCAUCUUAAUUCCCCAUGAAGAAGGAAAUGGCCAAGUUAAUGCUCACGGUGUUAAGUUACCCUUUGCUGUAGGAUCUAUCAACUUUUAAUUGGACCUUUUUGUGCUACUUAGUAGCAGAGAUCAGCUAAUGAAGGCCUUGUGGAAAAACUAAAGGGGGGGCUGCUUAUUUCCAUGACUGUUUUUUUAGGGUUGAAUUCAAUGUUAAAAAUUCAAGCGAGGGAGCUGGACUGGACCUCCUGCUGAUCAAACGUCGUCUGUGAUGGUUUCGAGACGAACACCAUCAGUUCGAAGGGUGCGCUCAAGGUAGACGAAGCUUUAAUCUGCUGCUGUCAUAUGACCACGUCGAACGGCUUAAUACGUCUAUAACUGUCAUUUAGAUCAACACGGUACCAGAUUCUGUCCAGAUCCGAGACGCACUUCUACAGUAGAGAGCGGUGCUUUCAGACAAAGGCCUUGACUUUCUCGCUUAAGAAUCCCAACAGGUUACAACAGUUUUUACGUGAAGCACAUGUUGAAGCACCAUCUCAUUGUCGUUGCAUCCACUGGUUGAGGGAGAUGUUUUGUUUUUUGUUUGUUUGUUUUUGUUUUUGAAAUGGUCUGUAAUUAUUGUAAGACGUGCAUAGUGUUACAAAUGCAGGUUGAUAUUUGUGAGUGACGUUUUGUAAAAGUAUUACACCUUAUUUCAAUAAAUUUGGUCUGUAUAAACUAUUUUAAUGCAA